UGUCUCAGUCUUAAGAUAGGAGAAAGAAAUUGCAGAGCUCCAAAGGGUAGCAGAGGAUGUGCAAUUUCUGAAAGCCCGUUAGGUUUAUAUUUCAGAGAAAAUGACGGUAGACGAGGAGAACUCUAUAUACGUCGGAGGCCUCCCUUAUAAUGCCACCGAAGACACCAUUCGCAGAGUCUUCGAUCCCUACGGUUCUAUUGUCUCCGUUAAGAUUAUUAAUGAUCAUGGAACUAGGGGGAAAUGCUAUUGCUUUGUUACUUUUAGAAAUCCAAGAUCAGUAAUUGAUGCAAUCAAUGAUAUGAAUGGCAAGACUAUUGACGGGCGAGCUGUGAAAGUAAAUGGAGUGACAAGCAGAGGGGGAAGAUCAACUUUUACACGAGAGCGAUUUCGACGUAAUAUGGACAGGGGUGGUGUGGACUGGGAUAGGGGUAGAGAUCGUGAAAGGGAUUAUGAUCGUGAUCGGGAAAGAUAUCGGGAAAGGUACAGUGCUAAGUCUAGAGAGCGAGCCCGAUCUUGGGAUCAUGAUGAAGAUGAGGAUAGAAGAUAUGAACUUGCACAUGAUCAUGUUCAAGCAAGGGAUGGUUUUGUGGAUGGAGAUCAAAGCCGAGACAGGGAUCUAGUUGGCAAUGAACAAGAAGACGGAAAGAACAAUAUUUGGAAUUGGGAAAGAGGCCAUGAUUUACAUUCAGAUCGAGAUAGGGAAAUGGAUGCAGCCAAUGGUGGUGAUAAACUUGCUGAUAAGGAGAAAGAUCACCAUUUGAGGAAACAGAUUGAAUUUAUCAAGCAUAUGUUCGUUGGUGUUUUGGAGCAGAACACAUUUCAGGAUUCAUAUAUUAUUGUUUCUAGAUACAAUGAUCAACAUAGGAGGGAAACGUCUUCAGAUUCAAGUGGUGGUUACAAUGAUAGGGUGAAAGAAAGAUUGGAGAGAUCAAUUCAGAGGCGUGAUGAACUUAAAAAGGAGAUAUCUGAGAUAGAAGGGAGGUUAGAAGAUAAACAACAACUUGUUUCAACUUUGCGAAAAAGAACUCAGAAACUGGAGGAUGCAUUGAUCACAACAAAGAAACGCUCUUCACAGCAUAAGAUGCAAUUGACCAAGCUGCAUAAAUGUUUUCUGCAAGUGAAAGAAUACUCAGAAAGGCUUAAGAGUUGUGAGGGGGAACUUCAGUCUCUUGUCGAUUCAGCGAUGAUACAAAAUGAUUUGGUUGAUGAUGUUGAUUUAAGAAUGGAGUCCUAAUAAAUGGAAAGGCUUGAUCUUGAAGCAGAAGUUUAGCCCACAGAUCUACUUGUGGAUGAAUAUCAGUAUACUUGGUAACAAUGUUGGUAUUUUUGCACUGCACAAUACUUCUGAUGUGAUUUUGCUUUUGUAGAUAUCAAUGUUAAAUUAUGUGGAUAAAUGGUUCGUCCAAUGUAGGAUAUCUUGCUUCGGAUUCCAUGUUUCACAUUGUGUAUUUUUUUUCCUUGAAUGGGUAAUGUUCAUCUUUGAAUGAUCAAACUUUAGCCAAA